AGACAAACAAAUUAGGGUUCUUCGCGUCGCCACACUGAUAGUAGGCUACACAGUAGAACGGAGGAGGGUGAACUGCAAUUACAAAAAUGGCUCCAAAGCGAGGUGUAAAGGCGCCGUCGGCGGCGAAGAAGAAACAGGAGACGGUGGCGAAUCCUUUGUUCGAGAAGCGACCCAAGCAGUUUGGUAUUGGAGGUGCGUUGCCCCCGAAAAGGGAACUUACUCGGUUCGUGAAAUGGCCGAAGGUGGUCCAGAUUCAGAGGAGAAAAAGGAUCCUCAAGAUGAGGUUGAAGGUUCCUCCUGCGUUGAACCAGUUCACCAAGACCCUCGACAAGAACCUUGCAUCAAAUCUGUUUAAGAUGUUGCUCAAGUACAGACCAGAGGACAAAACAUCAAAGAAGGAGCGUCUUUUGAAAAAAGCUCAAGCAGAGGCUGAAGGUAAGUCUGCUGAGACUAAGAAGCCGAUUGUCGUGAAAUAUGGUCUCAACCAUGUGACCUACCUUGUUGAGCAGAGCAAAGCACAGUUGGUUGUUAUUGCUCAUGAUGUGGAUCCAAUAGAGUUGGUUGUGUGGCUACCAGCUUUGUGCAGGAAGAUGGAAAUCCCUUAUUGCAUUGUCAAGGGAAAAUCUCGCUUGGGAUCGAUUGUCCACAAAAAAACUGCAUCCGUCUUGUGCUUGACCACAGUCAAGAAUGAAGAUAAACUGGAGUUCAGCAGGAUCUUAGAGGCCAUUAAGGCCAACUUCAAUGAUAAGUAUGACGAGUACAGGAAAAAGUGGGGAGGUGGAAUCAUGGGUUCCAAAUCGCAGGCGAAGAGCAAGGCCAAAGAAAGGGUCCUUGCUAAGGAAGCUGCUCAGAGAAUGACUUAGGAGACAGUAUUACAUGUUUGGUUUUCUCUUGAAAAUUGACUUCGUUCCUCUAAAAUUUUUGUCAAUGUGCUCUUAUUAAUCUCAGAAUUUUCCCAGAAGUAAAUUUUGAGUUGGGUGCAAUAGAUAAUAUUGCAGCUUGUCGGGACUUUAGUCGCAUUUCCGAUUGUCACUUUGAUGUUGAUCCUUUACAUGUUUGUUUCUCACUUUGAUGUUGGGACUUGUUUUCUCCUUACCAGAUUGCCCUUUUCUU